GUGUCACAGAUCCACGACGACGAAAAUGGAACCCUACCAGAAGUGCUUUCACAAUUUCCCAGCAAAAAUGCGGAAGUGCUCAGAAAUGCUUGCGGUCCACGGCGCGAUUUUUCGUGACAUUGGCAACGCUUCAAUGCGGAGGAAAUUGCUUCAAGCAGUUGAGUCACAAAGAGGUUUUCCAGACUUUAUUGGAACAAAAGAUGAGAUGGAUUCUGUCAACGUUGCGAAAUGUUGGGGCCGGUGUUGCGCCAUUACGGCUAAGAUACGAAACAGGCACAGCACAAACCAUGUCAGCAGCGAGGAAAUGAAAACAAGAACACCCAGGAAAAUUGGCCAGAGUUUCGGCAACCCGCGCAACAAUUUCACGCCAUUCCAAUUUCGCCACGUGCCCAAAACCGCUGGA